AGGAACACAGAUUACGUUCGUGAUAACGCCACCGACGUGCGGAACUUAUAAUGAAAAUGUUCCUGCUUUUAAAGUAUAUAAAGAGCUGGCCUUUGCCACUUCAGGGCAAGUACUUCGCGUCGCCAGAGGUGAAAUAGAGAAGGUACUAGAUUACGUAGGGAGAUCUCUAGACAAAAGACGGAGCGUUAUAAAUUCAGCAACAUUUCCACCUGGCUACAACAACAACAUGAAUUUUUCAGUUGACCAUCAAUUAGAUGACGUACAAGUUUCCGUAACAGGCCAAAGGCCACAACUAAACAUAAAGAGACCUGACGGAAAUUUAGCUAAUGCAACUGACAUAUUCAAAAAUGAUAAUACUCUGGUCGUGGGAGUUAGUGGACUUGGAUCAGGUAAUGCUAUAGCUAAUGUGGGCAGCGAAACUGACACGAGCGUUGUUAUAUCCGGCACCACCAAUGUUAACUUCCAACAUGGUUUCUCAGAAUUUAAACCAAGGUCAAUAAAUGGAACCGUAACCAGACCCAUUCUAGGUAAACCAUCAUACUUGGCAAUAGAAUUAUCGAGUAAAGCUGAGGAUGUUAAACUGGAUGCUGUUGAAUUAUUAGACAUGAAUGAUAAUGUUAUUUCUGUACGGCCGUUAAAAGAAAUCUCCGUGAAUUUCUAUGUAGCUGAACAACAACUGCCUCCGACUUCUAUGUUCAAAAUAGCGGUGAUAGGACAUAAUACAAAGACAAAAGAAUCUUUACGAAGAUUAUCUGCCACCCCCGUUGAACCACAAGCACUAACCAACGAAGAUAAACCGGAGAACAGAAGGCCUACCAUUACUUCUGUUCGAGACCCUACAAUAGCUGUUGCAUAUGGCAACUCUGUGCAGCUGCAGUGUAAAGUUAAUGCCUAUCCCAAACCAAGUCUUUUAUGGAUAGAAGAAAAGUCGGGAACGAUAGUAUCGCAAAUGAUCGUGGAAGAAGAACUACCUUAUGAUUACAUAGGUCUGCUAGACUUAGAAUCAGUGGAAACAAACACGUCGUAUCUAUGUAGCGUCAGCAAUGACCUCGGAAAUGAUUCAACGCAAGUUACGAUUGCAGUUCAGAAAGUGCCACCGAAAAUCGAUGAUUCUAUAAAACAAGUUAGCGUGGUAAGGAAAGAAAGUGCUAAAAUUAUUUGCAAUGUGAUCGAAGGUAUACCACAACCAGACAUCCGAUGGAGUCACAAACGUCCCUCGACUCGGGCGUUUAUCCCCCUUGGCAGUAGCUCAGAUGUCAUUGAGAUAAAAAGCACUAAUCAACAUAACGCGGGAACAUACAAAUGCGAGGCGAGUAAUUUGUUUGGACGAGCCGAACACCAAAUAGAACUAGUAGUUAAAUAUCCACCAACAAUAAGAGAUAAAAGGAACAUAAUAAGGUCUGAGGAAGGUAAAACUGUCUACCUCACCUGUAACGCGGACGGCGUCCCGGCGCCCAAAGUCACAUGGUAUUACAAGGGACAUGAAAUCAAGAAAACUUCACAUAUUCGAUUUUAUACACACCAUUCUUUAAAGAUGGUGGUUUCUUUCAACGACUCGGGAACUUACACGUGUAAUGCCGUAAACGAAGUCGGAUCCGACACAAAAGUAUUGCAGCUCGUAGUAGAUGGUCCGCCACAGAUCGAAACGUCUUCAGUACCUAAAACUACAGUAGCUGUGAUUGGCGACUUGGUGGUAAAUCUGCCGUGCCGCGCCACAGGCAGCCCACAGCCUACAAUCACUUGGACCAAAGAUGACAUAGAAAUUUCUCCAGGUUCCAAGUUGUACAAUAUAAAUCAGGAUGGUACUCUAUUGAUAAAAAACGUAACCGAAACAUCACAAGGCCGAUAUAUGUGUACAGCGAGAAAUUCAAAAGGGAUUGCUACAGAUUAUUUCGACGUUGUUGUGCGACCUUACCCCAAUGCAACUGAGAAACGGAAUGUUGUGAAUUUAUUGUCGGGUUCAUCGGCUACCAUCGAUUGCGAUGUACCGCACACGGCUAACGACCGCCUGAUGUGGUACAAGGAUACGGAAAUCGUGGCUACCGGUGAAUUAUACUUGACAGAUGUUGAUAUUGAUACCAGCGGUGUGUACACCUGCCGCGUCAGCUCGCCCUCCGGCGCCACAAGCAGCGCCUCCACUGACGUCAACGUCGGCUUCCCGCCGGAGUUCUUGGAGCAAAGCUGGGAGCAAAUUGAUUUUCUUUUAAAUGCCGAGGCGUAUUUCUCGUGUCUGGCCGCCGGAGAACCGCAACCGACCGCAACUUGGCAGCACAAUGGCGAAUUAUUAGAUAUCACAGAUAUGGAUUACCGUAUUUAUAUGAUUUUGAGUGAUUUAGGAAACUACAAAUGUACAGUCAGCAACGCAUUUGGAACAAUCACUCGUGACUUUAAAAUCGCCGAACCAGGAUGCACGUUUGUGAAUGACGUAAAUGAAGAUAGCCCAGUAAUUUAUUGGCUGGGUGGAUCUGUAUUGAAUGUUAGAUUUCUGUCAGAUAAUGACAGAACUUUAAUGGUGCCUAAAGGGGAGGAAAUGACAAUCGCCUGUAAAAAAGGUUUUGUACAGUAUCCUGGAACUGAAAUAGAAGCGGUCUGCGUUGCAGGUUCCACACUUCUCAUAAAUGGCAUGGCGAUUAAUGUUUCUGACAUAAAAUGUAAGAAAGCUGAGUAAUACUGAAAUUUGCUAAAAAAAAUUGAAAACAUGAA